ACUUCCCCCCUCUGUCUCUCUGAAUAGAAGAUGGCUCUACACAUCGGCAGCAGUAGCAGCAGCCACCCAACCCACCUCCUCACAAUCUGCUCUUUCCGCCCCCGAAAUCCUACCAUUCUCUCUCCUAUCUCUGUUGGGAGAACUUCUGAAACGCACAUAGCUAGGGCUAGAAGGGUUUCGUCUCGCACUAAGAAGAGCGGCCUCACCACAUCCCCCCGAGAAGAAGAGCAGCUCAAGACGACGCCAGCUCCUUUUCCUGAAGACAGAGGAGGAGACGCCUCUGCCGUCAAUAUUGAUGACGGGUUUGUCAUGCCGGAGCUUCCAGGUGAUAAGCCUGACUUCUGGGAGGGUCCUCAGUGGAAUGCCUUUGGUUUCUUUGUUCAGUACCAGUGGGCCUUCGGCAUCGGAUUUGCGCUAAUUGCAUGCGGGAUUGCGGUUGCCACAUACAAUGAAGGGGCAACUGAUUUUAAGCAGACUCCUACGUACAAGGAGUCAAUCCAAUCUGGGGAAUUGUUCGAUGAACCAGAGGCAUCCAGUUCAGAUGUUUUUGAGGGAAAUCCAACUGAGGAGGCACCCAGUCUGGAAUAAGCACCACUUGGCUCUCUGGUUCCGCUUUAUCAUCAUCAAGAUGGUAAUAGAUCUAUGGAGAGGUUGGGUUCGUGCCUGAUCCAGAUUCUGAUCAGAGGCCUUCUACAUCUGUUCUAAAGGUGUGAUAAUCAUACUGUUUAUGUGUUUUUUUUUUUUUCCUUUUUCACCAUCUUUUUCUGAAUUUGUAAUUGUAGUGUAUAAUACAAUGACAAGAAAUAGAUUUGUAAUGUAAGCAUCUGAAUAGCAAGAUAGAUUCUUGUGAAACCCUGAUGCUUUUAAACUUGGUGGGAGGAAAUGGAGAUAUGCCUUGGAAGUUUUAUGUGA